AUGGAAUCCCUAUUAACCUCUUUGACGAAUCAAUCGAUCAAAGACAUCGAACGCAACGAUUUUCGCAUAGAAGCUUAUGCCAACAAACAAGAUCAAUAUCAUCUUGUAAACGAACACAACGAACUGGACGAUGAAGAUGAUGAAGAAGAAGAAGUCGAGGAAGAAGACGAAUCUUCAGCUAGUGAUGUUUCUUCUACACAGUCCAGCAAAUGUAUCAGUAUUGCAAACACACUUGCCAACCUUAACCUCGAUGAUUAUGACGCACUCAAAUACACCGGGAAUUCUGCUGGACUACAGUUGAUUGAUCAAAGUUUAUUUAAAUCAAAACCCUAUGUUCAACUACCUGGAAGAGAAGAUGUCGCCUUAAGACUCAUGCCACAAAACGAACUACUUGUGGUUCGUACAGAUUGUUCAGGGAAAAAAAAGUCUAAUACACGACUUGACGUUGGUUUUUCCUUGAACAGUUCUAUUUUUGACGAAAAAAAAAGUUACAAAACCAACCUGCUAAACCUUCUUCAGUUGAUUUGCCUUCUAGUACAAUCAUUGAAAAAGCUUACAAAGUGUAUGUAUUUUAGCCAUAUUCAUCUAUUUCUUCCUCUCAUCAACAAAACACGCUUUGAAACACACGAUUCGAAAACUUCCAAUAUACUUACUCACGCUGUCUUGGCAGUCGCUUUCCGGUUUGCUUCACGACAUUUUCCAAAGUUGCUAGGUCCCAAAAAAUCCGCCAUGUAUGCCGGCGCUUAUUUCCAAAAGGUGAUGUACCACCUCAGAGACUCAAAUCAUCCUCGACUUCGCCAUGUCCAAGCAGCAUUAUUAAUGACGCUUUAUUUGGACAUGGAUGAAGAAGACGUUGAGUCAAUGCAAUGGUAUACACUGGGUAAAGCCAUUCGAAUGGCUCAAGAUAUCGGUCUGCAUCGUUCUUGUUCAAACUGGAAUCUACCUCCUUCUGAAAUUGAAACAAGACACCGAGUGUUCUAUGUCUGCUAUGUCCUUGACAGACUCAUGGGUGCUCGUGCAGGCAAGCCAUUGACGAUUCUUGAUCGAGAUUUUGAUACUGAUAUGCCUGUUGCUCAUGAAGUGUAUGAUGAUAAUCGUAUUGGGCCUUCUGUGUAUCAUUCAUUUAUUGCCCUGAUCAAGUUAUCUGAAAUCCUUGGUAGAAUCUUGAAGGCUUUAUAUGCGCCUAAAUCAAAACAUUCCAAUACAAACGCUGGCUUAGAUGAUCCAACUAUUCUCGCGGUAUUCGACCGUCGACUCAAAAACUGGAGAGCUACUUUAGACGAACCCAAUCAUGGCGCCAGUUGGAGCCAAGCCCAGAAAGUAAAUUUGUUGUUGUUUUACCAUACAGCCAUGCUCUUGUUACACCGACCUUUUAUUGAAUAUUCAUCCACAGCACUUGUUGUUCAAGGCUCAGUUGAUUUGGAUAAACUAGCGUCUGAAUCUCGUCAAGCUUGUGAAAAUGCUGCCUCCAAUAUCUCUGUGAUCAUUCGUCAAAAGCAAUCGCUGAUGUAUGACCCAGAUUCAUAUGGCCCACUUUGUUUACCGACUUGCUUUGUUUACGCCAUGUUUCAGUCAUCGCUGAUUCAUCUUGCUGUAGCUAUUAAAAAUAGAGAUUCAUUACGUCGACUUCGAUUGCUUCAAAGAUCAAUUACACUCCUUAAACAACAUGAACAGCUGGCUUCUGCUCAACGUGCACAUAAUAUCCUGCUCAUGCUUGUCAAGAUCAAUAAGAUCAAUGUCAACAAUUUGCUAGAGAAUGACACAACAAAGGAAUUUUCGAAUCUUGAAGAAGACAGCUUGCUAUCAAAUCCAGCAUCACCUAUUCCUACUAGUAAUGAAAUUCAGUUGGUCAAAUCAACUCAGUUACAAGACAUGUUGACAGAAGAAGACACCAUGCCCAAGUCUUCUUGGCAUCAACGUAUGAUGAACACAAGUAUCAUUGGAGGCAUUACUGCUGAUUUACAUCAAAACAUACAUGAAAACGCAUCAAGUUCACAAACAUUGAAUCAACUUUUGCCUUAUGCAACACAAUAUCAACCGCCCUACAUCGACUAUGACAAUAACACAAGCCUACAUAAUCCAAAAAGACCUGAAGUAUAUCAGUCACACCCUGUACUCUAUGAAGACUCAGCUCGUCUACACCCUAUAUUUCAAAAUGAAGAACAUGCAAACAACUAUCGCAUGAGUUCAAGUACUGGCAACAGUUCUUCAUUGCUUUCACACCAUCAGAGAACUGGCCUUACACCUACAGGUCUUCUCCAUUUUCCAAACACGUCUACUGAUACCACGUCGGCACCUUAUUCAGCCCAUUACACUAGCCAUGCUACAUAUCCCACUGGUUUGACCUGGAGUGACUGGAAUGUCUAUGUCAAUAAUCCUUCUAUGUCAGACCACCCUUCUUAAGCCCCUCCCCCCUUUUUUUUUCAUUAUACAUCGCCUUUAUUAUAUAUAUAUAUAACCUCUUCAAAAUGUAUUUUUAUUU